UUUGUCCAGCUUCACAGCAGCUGUGUUCCCCCGUUACCUUUUCCCUCAGAAGCAUUCUGGGGCCGGGUGGGGUACCAUAUGGAGCUCAAGGACCGCAUAUUACAGAGCCAUCUUUUCAGAGCCUGUGCCUGGUUCAACAUCCAUGAACAGAAGAACACCAUCGCCUCCUCUUCCUCCAUCUUUUUCUUCCUCAUCUUCCCUGUCAUCUUCCUUUUCUUCAAUCAGUGAACCUGGGCACACUUCAGAUAAUUCCUCCCCUCCUCAGGUGCCAGCUUACAACCUUCACUCCCUGCCAGUUUCCAGAGGCGGCGAUUGCAGCCCUACUCCACUCUACCUGAGACGUGCCAGGGCUCUAGGGAUGUUGAAGGAAAUUCCUCUCUAUCUGCCUCAUGGUCCCAUGCUGGAGAGCACAGGCCCGGUGAGCCCUGCUGGCGAAAGCUUCAGCAACUGUCCGGAGAUGGCUUCAGAGGACUACCAGGAAGCCCCGGCUCAUCUUGGGAGCACCAAAAGCAUGUACGAAGAUUUCCACCCCAUUGCAGGGAAGGACCAGUAUUUGUACAAUCAAAACCCAACUCUUAGGACUGCAAGGAACCCAAGAGAAGUGAAUAUGGGACCCAGGAGAGACCAGACGGGUGCUCCACAGCCCUCUGAAGAAAGGAAGUUGGGCUUGAAGAAAUUAGUCCUUACACCGGAGCAGAAGACCAUGUUGCUAGACUGGAGUGACUCCACCCCUGAGCACAAGGCUGGGAAACAGUUCUCCCAGGAAAGAGACGAGAAUGGCAGAAGCUGUACCCUGAAACCAUUCAGCUCCUCUCCUCUCCCUUGGGCAGUGAAAGAGAAGCUGCUAUACCAGACAGGGGCCCAGGAGGAGAUGCAUACCCCAGCUAUCAAGGCGCCACGGGAGAGAGAAGUGCCUCCGCCCAAGUCCCCCCUAAGGCUUAUAGCAAAUGCCAUCCUAAAGUCUCUGCGCCCCAAUUCUGAAGGUGGAAAGAAGACCAGCCCUAAACCAGAGUCAAAAACAUCGCCUCGGGGCCAGCCACAUGGGUUUACUCGCUCCUUUAGUCUUCGGAAACCCAGUUCCAAUAAAGAUGGGGACCAGCAGUCUCCAGGGAGACACAUGGCCUUUAAAAAGGCUUCAGCUUUCUUCUCUUUGGCUUCUCCAACGUCUAAGACUGCCCAGGCCUCAGACUUUAGCCUUCCUGACCCCCUCCUCCGCUCCCGGAGUUUGCCCAGUCGUCCAUACAAGAUGUUCUUUGCAACCACAUCCCCACCACCCAGCAGCAAGAUUGAAGAUGUCCCCACCCUACUAGAGAAAGUGAGUUUGCAGGAUGGCACUCACUUUCCAAAGAUACGAGCCUCACGUAUUUCCAACCUUGGCCUCAAAGAUAAAUCCUUUGAGAGCUUUCUCCAGGAAUGUAAACAGAGAAAGGACAUUGGGGACUUCUUUACUAGCCCAAAGGAGAAGGGGCCACCCAGGAACAGAGUCCCAUCUUUGGAGAAGUUGGUACAGCCUUUGGGCAGCACCUCCCUGGGGCAGGUGGCACAUCCUUCUACAGGGCAAGAUGCACGCCUUGGAGCUCUAGUGACAGAGGCCACCUCUUCUCCCUCUUCCACCACCUCCUCCUCUGCAGAUGAAGACUUUGACUCCCAACUUUCCUCCAAGUUAAAGAGGAUGCCCAGAAGAAGAAGGAAGCUGGAGAGGAAGUUGGUUAGGCAAGAAGAAUUGAAAAGACUCCAUAAGGCUCAGGCCAUCCAGAGACAGCUAGAGGAGGUGGAAGAGAGGCAGAGGACGUUGGAGAUCCAGGGCGUGAAGCUGGAGAAGGUGCUAAGAGGAGAAGCAGAUUCAGGGACACAGGACGAAGCCCAGCUUUUGCAGGAAUGGUUUAAGCUGGUUCUGGAGAAGAAUAAAUUAAUGCGAUAUGAGUCGGAGCUACUGAUCAUGGCCCAAGAACUAGAAUUAGAAGAUCAGCAGAGCAGACUGGAGCAGAAACUACGACAGAAAAUGCUCAAGGAUGAGGGCCAGAAAGAUGAGAAUGAUCUAAAGGAGGAGAAAGAAAUAUUCAAGGAGAUGAUGCAGGUGAUUGAGCAAAGAAACAAGCUUGUGGAUUCCCUAGAGGAACAGCGUGUCAAAGAAAGAACCCAAGACCAACACUUUGAAAACUUCGUUCUCUCCAAAGGCUGUCAGCUCAGCAGGACUUGAGGUGCCCUCCCCCCACACUGAAGCCAGGGAGCCAAGAACACCACACUUUCUCACCCAGGAACUUACUGCUUAAAAAAAAGAAAGAAAGAAAGAAAAUUAAAUGCCUCUCUAUGAGCUCCAUAUGGUAGUUCACAUCUGUAAUCCCUGCUGAAGAAAGCUGAGGCAGGAGGAUUUCUGUGAGUUCCAGGCCAUCCUGUGUUACACAAGAAAACCCUGUCUCAAAAAAACCAAACAUCUCUUGUAGGUCUUAUAUCUGUUAUGGCUUCCCAAGAUUUUUCCCAAAGUCUUUCUUGAAAAAAUGACAAAGGCCCUUGAACUUGGCAGUUCACACAGCUAGUCCUGAGAGUGCAGGUGAUCUUGGCAGACGACCAGCAUUGUUUGCUCCCUGGAAAGUCACACAGGCUUGACCUCCCAGCUGCCUUUGUCAUUUUUCUUUAUAAUUCAUUGAGUUACAUGUUUUUAAGACUUUUAAGAAAUGCCUUUUCAUUAAUACGCCCAUAUUUGUCUUUUUUGCAUGGCUGACCAGUUUCCAAAUGUCAGGACACAGCAGCAGCAGUUUAAAGAUUAGCUUAAUAUUUAAAUUGUGUUUCCAGAGAAAGCAGAGAAAGCCUGAGAUUACUGAUUAAAUAAAGCCAAUAACUCAUAUAGCAGGUGUUAAUUCAAUCCAGGGUGAAUUUAAUUUACCAGGUAUAUUUAUAAGCCUUAAUAUAAUAUACAUAAGCAAUGAGAGUUAAUUUAAAAAAAAAGAAGAAGAAAGGAAAUAAAACUUUAAGUUCAUGCCAGCAGGAUUCUUUGGUUUUCACCAAAUCUGCUACCUUUAAAGCCUCUUGUUCCCACAAUGCUCUGCUUCUAGCCCAUAAUAAGUGCUUUUAGAAAAUGAGCGGUUUUACAGUGCUUUUUGAGGGAGCUUUGGUGAUGGCAGAAAGGGAAGCUUUCAUUUGUUGAUAAAACACUGGUAAGCUGACACUGCUACAAAAAACAAAACAAAACAAAACAAACAAACAAACAAAAAAAAAACACUGCGGUACCAGGGGAGGCGGCUUUUCUAUGGUCACCUACGGUCAUCUUAAGUGCAUGACCUCUUUGAAACAAAGACAAAACCACUUCUGACUUCCAGGUAGAACUGAGGGCAGCGCCCACGCUUAUUGAACUCCAAAUUGAGUCAUGAGUGUGUGUGUGUGUGUGUGUGUGUGUGUGUGUGUGUGUAUGGGGUGGGGAGAGACCUUUGAAAUUUGCAAAAAAAAAAAAAUGUUUGUGGAUGGAGUGGCCAUGUCAACAUGUUGUUGGGCUUCCUUGAAUAUUUGGACAAUGCAAACAGGGACAAAAGAAGACAAGAGUUAGAGUGUUGAUGUGUUUGCCAUAAGAUAUUGUUCUCUUUUUAUGGAUUUAACCUGCUAGUGAUGAAAGACACUGAAGGACUCUUGGGUGUGUAUCUGGCCACUCAUAGCCAUGAGUAUUUAAAUGUUUCUUUAGACAAAGGUGCUUUGUAGCUGUUGGCUGCAACUGGUGACUGGAGUUUUCUCAAUCUAAGUUGGCUCAUUAAUUACUUCCAUCUGAGAAGGUGUCUGUGUGGUACAACCUGGCUGGGGACAAGCCACAUCUAGAUGCAUAUAGAUGUCCCCAGUCAGUCAGUGUUUGGGGGAGUAGUUAAGUGCAACCCUCUAUAGGACAUUGAAGUCCAACAGUUGCCUUUACUCCCUCAGUUUCUCCUUUCUUUUUUUCUGUUUUAUUUUUAUUUUCUAGAAUCAAGUCUCCCAGUGUAUUCAGUUCUAAUACUAGGGAACAGUGGGAGCAUUUUCCUAUCUACCUACUAACCUACAAAUGCUUCCAAUUUUAACUAUUUAUUUUUAUUUAUUUGCAUAUUUAGUGGACAUGGGUCUUGUGAUUCCCCAUCAUUCUGAUUCGUCUAGGCUAUCAUUUGGGGAGGACCUUUCAAAGCAAAGAUAUUACCAUAACAUAAUGUGGAGAAGUUUGUUUGAGGCAGUGAUUUGCAUAGUAAUAAAGAUGUAUGGAGAUCUCCAAAAUAAUAUUUUUAGCCAUGCAUAGUGGUGCAUACCUUUAAUUCCAGAAUUCAGGAGGCAGAGGCAGGUGGAACUCUUUGAGUUCAAAGACAGCCUGAUUUACAUAAUGAGUCCCAUGUCAGCCAAGGUGAUAUAGUCGGCCUUUUCUCAAAAAAUAUUUUUCAGCCCCCAGGCAUUGAGAAGAAUAUUGGAUACAUACAAAUGAGCUCAUUUUGAGAAAGAGAUGUGUGACUCCAGUUUUCAUUUCCAGUCAGAUGAAAGCACACUGUCUGAUAUCUGCAUGUGUUUAACAGAGGAUUUGAGUUAGGGUACCUAGGGUGUCAUUGUGAAAAAGAAUUGGCACAUCUCUUAACUAGUUAUAUUAAAAGGGAUUCUCUCAAAAUGGGCAAGAGAGAAGGAAAUCUUGGUCAUACUUGGGUUAUUAUACUGUGGUUUCUGGGCUACUUAAAGGGGUUUGAUUCCUUUCAAUGGAGAAUGUUCUAGACUCUCAAGAUGCACAAGGCACAUCUUGAAGACAGUUUCUCUGUGUAAUGGAGCAGGAAUGGAAAAGGAUUUGGCCCUGCUCUACAGAAGAGCCCCAGGGUAGAAAGUCAAGAAGAAACUGAGAUCAAGAUUCAGCCUUGGGUCAUAUUUCACAGCCAGCCUCCCACGGUGUCAAAAUCAAGCCAAACAGGUUUUGAUAGUCACAAGCUCAGAAUUUUAUCCAUGCUGGAUCAAGACUUGUUCUUAAGUGUGGUCUCUCCAACUGUCCAUCUAUUGAUCUACUCAUUCAGCCUUCUCUGAGUGCUGAUGGGGUGCUGGGUGCUAGGCUACGCAAAAGAGAUUUGUUCUCUUCUUCAUUUCCAGAGAUACACAGGUCAGGAACUCACUGCCAUCCCCAAAGACAAGCAUAAAGAGCAAAAUCAGCUUCUCUCCCUGAUGCUUCUCUCUCUGACUACUGUAGACUGGCAAUAAAAAUCAGUUCCUGUUGCUAAAACUGUGAAAAAUCCUAUCAGGUUGUACCAUUUCAUUUAGACCUUCUUGUUGGCAGCAUCCGGCUGCUUGGAAUCAAUCAAUGGCGAGCUGCAGCAUGUUAAUUACCACUGAGAAAGGAAGUGGCAGGUGAUGCCAACUCUGAUGAGCUGCGAUGCAACUGAUUUUUUUUUUUUGUGCUGGGGAGCGGGGGCAAAUGACAAUUCAGUGAUGUCUCUCUUCCCAGGCAGCAGAUUGAUAGGCUUCUCCUUCCAAACUGAGAAUGGCAGCGUGCCCCACCCAGGUGGCUGAUCAGAGAAACCACCUCAGCUGGGCAGAGGUGGCAGGGGCAGCUGGCGCCAUCGCACAAAUAGAGAAAGUGGCGGUUGAUGGAUGUGGGCAAGAUCCAAUGUGGGAACUGAUUGUCCUCGGAAGGUUCAUGUGGGGCAAAGUCUCCUAUUUCACCUCACCUCACUGCUGACAAGCUUGUAAAAGAUUAAUCUGCUGCAACAAUUGGUAGCUAUUCAUGUUGAUGGAAACGUGUUAUAUGUGCAUGGCUCUAAAUACUGAAAUGAACCCUCAAAUAAAUGGUUUUGUGUC